AUGAAGCCAUCUAUUCCUCUCACCAUCCUCACUGGACUUUCAGUCGUGGGUGCUGCCCCGGCAAAAAUCGAGGGCCGCCAGCAGGAAACGACUUCCAACGACCUCAAAGACGGCGCGUGCAAACCCGUCACCUUCAUUAUGGCUCGCGGAUCCACAGAAGUGGGCAACAUGGGAGAGAUUCCCGGACCACCGACCUGUGCCGACCUCAAGCAGCAGCUCGGCGCCGACCAGGUCGCCUGCCAGGGCGUGGGCACCGAGGACGGCUACCCAGCUGCUCUCUCGCCCAACUUCCUCCCCAAGAACACUGACGACACGUCCAUCGCAGCCGCUACCACGAUCAUGAACCUAGCGGCCACCAAGUGCCCCGACACGACGAUGCUCGUCGGUGGCUACAGCCAGGGCAGCGCUGUGAUGGACAACGCGAUCCAAGGGCUGCCCGCAAACAUGCAGUCAAAGAUCGCCGGCGUCGUCCUCUUCGGCUACACGCGUAAUGCCCAGGACAACGCGCAGGUCCCGGGAUACCCUCAGGCCCAGACCAAGAUCUUUUGCGCGCCAGGGGAUCUGGUGUGCGACAACACGCUGACCAUCACCCCGGCACAUCUUUCGUACGCGGCCAACGCGCCGGAAGCUGCAACGUUCCUUGCCAGCAUGAUCCAAAACAACGGCACCACCGCUUGA